AUGGGCGACUUACCACCUGGCCCGCGGCCUCAAGCCAUGGAUAACCCUAUGACUGCCUUUGUGCGUGAUGGAAAUCCUCCUUUUACAAAACCCGACACAAGCUCUCCGUUUUACUCUCAGCUCAGCGCUCUCCCCCAAGGUCAGCAUCGACAAGACUUCCGCUCAGCCGCGCAUCCGACCGGACACUAUCAACCUCAAGAACACAACACAUCUUCGCUUAACAUGGGCGCAAUGACUGGGACGUUGCCAGACUUGAGCGCCGGCGAUGAUUCCUCACUCAAUGCUCCGACAGUACCACACUCACUUUCAGGCGCAUCGACAUCGGCCCUGGCGUAUCAACUUGGCCACAACUUGCAAAUGCCAGGCACCAUGCCAUCACACUCGCCAUAUGGACCUAAUUUUCCUAUGGGCAUGCACCAACAAUCCUUCAUGCCCCAGCAUGGCUCUCAGUACAGCGCCUACCCUUCUUUUACCACCAACCAGUCUCGUUCAGCUGGUGCGGCGCCGAUGCAAGCGCCAUACCAACACUAUCAACAAGCCUCGCACUACAUGUAUUAUCCCAUGCCAUAUGGCCCCCAGGGGCAUUUCAGUCCGGGAUUCGCAGCACAGGCUCCCCAAGGCCAAGCAAUGUACGGUAAAAGAGCAAGUUUCUCAAACGCUGGUAUGCAGGGACAGACCGCAGAUCAUUCGCAUAUUGAUGGCAACUUCCCAGGCCCUCGGAUGUCUACAGCAAGCUUCCAAGGUGACCCAGCCACCUUUACGUCUCCCUAUGGUACCCAGUUGGCAUCGCCCUCCGGAAUACUUCGCUCGGGACCUAUAAGUUCGAUUCCCCGUGGACCGCCGCGAAAGCCCAAACAGUCUGGACACGCACUUUGGGUUGGAAACCUUCCUCCUGGAACUACGGUAGUUGCUUUGAAGGACCAUUUCUCCCGCGAUGCUACAAAAGACAUUGAAAGCCUGUUCUUGAUUUCCAAGAGCAACUGUGCCUUUGUCAACUAUCGUACAGAGGAGUCUUGUACGGCUGCAAUGCAUCGAUUCCACGAUUCACGCUUCAAUGGCGUACGACUAGUCUGUCGUCUUCGACGCAGUUCAGCCCCAGCGUCAGGUGUUCCUACGGCACCUUCAGCUAUGAUAGACCAGCAGAAGCAUGCUUCUCGACCAGAAACGCCGGCCCAAGAUAGUACCCCUGAUGAUCUCGCAGGGGGUGCAGUCGAGCCGCCUGUUCAGAAAGGCAUUGACGUCGAGAAACCCUCUACUGAUGUUGCGAACAAAUACUUUAUUGUCAAGAGCCUCACGCUACAAGAUCUGGAGCUCAGCGUACGGAACGGAAUUUGGGCUACCCAGUCUCACAAUGAGGAUAUCCUGAACAAAGCCUUUCAGUCUGCUCAAAAUGUGUACCUCAUUUUUUCUGCGAACAAGUCGGGCGAAUAUUUUGGCUACGCCCGCAUGGCAUCACCAAUUCUCGAUGAUGGCUCUCGCGUGAUAGGUUCGGCACCCAAGCCCGAGGCCAUCAUCGAUGCGUCAGAUGUGCCUAAAUCGAUUCCUACUGCAGCAACUGAGUGGGCACCGCCCGGAAGGAUCAUCGACGACUCUGCGCGUGGCACCAUUUUUUGGGAGGCAGAGCUGUCUGAUGCAGAGAAAGAAGAAGGAGAGGAAGAGAAAGAAUCCAGCAAAGCCGAAAAAGAGGAAGCACCUCAUCAAGCAGUGGAUGGAGAUGCCGCAGCCGUCGCGCAAGGCUGGGGCAAGCCAUUCAAGAUUGAGUGGAUUUCAACAAACCGCCUUCCUUUUUACCGCGCAAGGGGUCUUCGCAACCCAUGGAAUGCCAACCGCGAAGUCAAGAUUGCAAGGGAUGGCACCGAACUCGAGCCUAGUGUUGGAGAGCGCCUGGUGCAAAUGUUCCACCGCUUAGGCCCCUCAACUGCAGGUGCACCCGUCAUGCCCGUUGGACCCACUGGCAUUUUCCCUCAGAUGCGACCAAUCUAG